CCCCUGUCUUGGCGAGUAUGGACACGCCACAGCCAGAAGUCCAUCAUCGGAAACUCUUCAACACAUUCAUAUUGAGAUAUUUACAUGGGGGAAAUCUCGAUCUAAUCUUCUGAUACAUACGAUCUCGACAACUGCGAACACAGAUGAUUGUUUCUAGCAUUCGCUGGUCCUGUCUAUACUCGACGAUAUCAUGUUCUUUCCAGUCAUCGGUGCUCACAGUGCUGCAUACCUAUCCGCCCUUGGAUUGAUUGUCAUCCAAGUUGGUAUCGGAAUCAUCUUGAAGUCAUCUCAGACCAACGGCCAGUAUGCCUUCUCCGUUUCGGGGUCUGUCACGAUAUCAGAGUUCUUCAAGUGUCUAUUGUCGAUAUCAUUCAUCCUCAGAGAAUGUCUGAUGAAAAUCUCAAGCAUUCGGCGUGGACACUCUCUACUUCCCUCUUCUCCGAGGUCCGCGUCAUCUGAGGAGUUGUCAGUCGAGUCGACUGAGUUUCGUGAUAUCGAGGAUGAAAAGCGUGCAGAGGCUACGGCGCCUUCCUUUGAGCAAUACCAAGGAAGUUCUGUGUAUAAAUUAUUCAUGCUGAAGAUGAAUGAAGUUUCUAUGGAGAAUCGAUUUGGCUUUGCGAAACUAGCCUUGCUCUAUGCACUCAUCAACAAUACGAUAUUCGUGGCAUACAAGCUUGCUGAUCCAGGAACCAUUGCCAUAACUCGAGCUGGCGUGAUUUUCAUCACUGCCGUGGUCAUGGUCGCUACUUUAGGUACAAAGAUAUCAAAGAUACAGUGGCUAGCUAUCAUAAUCCAGCUUUGCGGGUUGAUGACGACACAAUAUCGACCCGACACCGGGAUUUCAUACCCAUUGUUCACGUAUGUCGUUCUAAUGACACAGGUUUUCAUCAGCGCGGUGGCUGGGGUCUACAACCAAGCACUUCUUAAGAGUGAAAAAGCUUCUUUGCAUGCACAGAAUGCUGUUCUGUAUGCCGCUGGAUGUAUCAUCAAUAUUAUAAUCCAUGUUGUCAUUCGAUUCAUCAAGCCUGCCGAGCCGAGUUUCUUCAAGGGGUAUACCAAUUGGUCUUCGUUCCUCGUCAUCAUCAGUAACGUCUUCAUGGGCAUUGCAAUAACAGCAGUCUACAAAUAUGCAAAUGCUGUGGUAAAGUGCUUGGCAUCUGCGGUGGCCACGGGUAUCUUGUUAUACCUGUCUCCCAUCCUCUUCGGUACUGCUAUGUCGCCUCUCACCAUUCCUGGUGGUCUCAUAGUUUUCAUCUCGUCUUGGCUGUAUAUGGAUUCGCCUCCACCCAAAGAUCCACAUCUGGACGAUGCGAAAGACGGAUUGCCCGAGAAGCGCACUCUCUUCUCUUCUUCUCCACAACCACUUUGGCGUGUUGCUGUCUUAGCGCUCGCUUCGAUGAUUACAGUACUGAUCAUCUCUUUUAUGGAAGUGGCGGACUUUUCCAAUCUCAACGACAACAGAGCCGAAGAUCAUAGCAUGAUCCACUCCCCUUUCAAUUCUACUGUUGCUUAUAUCCGAUUCAAUAGUUGGCGUUUGGAACGCCUAGAAUUGUUAGACAAGUACAAACCUUUCUUCCACAGCGUACACUACAGUAUGCCAAAUAUCACAGAGGGCGGUCCAGACUUUGUCAACACAACUCACGAUAAUUGGGAAAAUCAGCUGGUUAUGUAUAUUCCGAUGGCUCGCACUAUGCAGCAUAUUCUUGACCAACCUCCAGACUCUCCAGAUGCGAAAAUCAAGGGUAUAAUAUACUACCACUUUGAUGUGUGGAUAGACCCAAUGGACUUUUCGGAUGAAGACUUCUCUAAAAUCUGGAUAGCUCGAAGCAGGUCAGACAAUGGUGAAGGUGGUGGCCCAACAUCUGUAUGCAUGACGCAUCGUAGCCGCUUCCUUGCUUGGCCUGGAAUGCAUGCGGAUAAGAAUUGGCACUACUCAAUCCUUUUAGCUCUCCAAGCUCUCAAGAAGGCGGACACAGAUUUCAAGUUCGACGACGAGGAAUGGUGCACGGGGUGGUCGGACAUCUACUACAUUCCACGACACUUGUGGCCAGAUUAUAUCUUCCUUUCUGCCUUCUUCGGAGCGUUCGACAGUUUCCAUGAAAUGACCAUACCCACCAUGGUUCACAUUCUUGACCAAUCGAGGAGGAAGAAGCCAUACACUUCCAUCAUCAACUGGAUUGGCGACUGCUAUGGCGGCUGCUGUAACCGUGGAGGUGAUCUCCACUCAUUCGUGAACCAUCGCUGUGGCCACGCUCUGAACUACCUAGGGGACAGCAAAAUCUACAUGGCACAAUACGAUCGGCUCGACCGAGUAGCCAAGACACUUGGUAAACCAUCGAUGUCGCCAGCCUGGAAGAAAGUUCCCGACAGCGAACGAGAUUGGACAACUUUCAUCAAAGGCUUGUCCCAGUCAGCAAUAACAGCCUACCAAGGCUUCUCAAACAAGACGCCAGAAAACGCAUAUCAGAGGAAGAACAUGCCGAAGCCUAUUGAGUUCAACUCCACGGGCUGGGAAGCGCCCGGGGUAGACCCAUAUACUUACUGGUAUAGAAUGAAGCCACCUAGACCUUUGAAUCUCACUGAGAUAGCAGAGAUUGAUCUGAAGGAGCAGCAGCUGGAGGCACUUAAUAAUGGACCCAAGGAACAUAAGGAGGGCCUUGUUAGCAAUACCACAGACCUAUUAUUAGAUGCUAAAUCAAACAAGGGUCUUUAGGUUCUAUUUAAAUCAGGAGCCUCUAUAUACGACCUGAUGGCGAAGUUUCGGUUUUAUACUAGAAUCGACUCAACUCUGAGAAAUUUGUCAGAAGUCUUGCUGCCUUUGAAGAAUUGCUUGCCACUUGUGGGUGCUGCGCAUAUUGUCUAAUCCAUUUGGUGUAGUCAUUUAUCUAUAAUUCUCCUUAAAAGAAGGACCUAUUAACAAAUUGCCCU